UGCGUCUGAAGGUUUCAAGGUGUUGCGUAAAGUAGCGCCUGGUUCGAACAUUGAGGCAAGCUGAUGGGCGGCGAUAAUUCUAAGCUAGGCUAUAGGAAUGCGGUUAUACAGCUCACUACUAAAACUAAACCGGUUGAUUCAAAUGAUGACAAUUUCUGGGAUCAGUUUUGGGCUGAAUAUCCCAUGUCUAUCCAGGAUAUUUUUGCGCUCGUCCCUUCAGCCGAAAUCCGAGCUCUCAGAACAGAAGCCCCAAACAAUCUAGCAACUUUAUGCUAUAAAGCCGUCGAACGUAUUGUACAGGUUUCUGAGUCUGCGUCACCAACCGCCAAGGAUCAAAUCACAGUUCUUAACUGUAUCCGAUUGUUAACUAGAUUAUUACCGUACAUAUUUGAAGAUGUCGAAUGGCGGUCGUUUUUCUGGUCACCUUUACCAGUUGAUCCCUCUCUGUCUCGAGAAGGCGAGUUUGUUCCUCUUGCUCAAAGCUUACUAUCAGCACUUUGUGACCUGCUAUUUUGUCCAGAUUUCACGGUGCAUUCAAUUUUCAAAUCUGGUCCUGAAGGUCCCGAAGAUAUGCAUACUAUUGACAGUUGCGAGUAUAUUUGGCAGUCUGGCGUGGGAUUUGCUCAAGCACCGGCAGUAAAUGCCAUUCAUGAUUCCAACCGGACAGAAAUUCUCAAACUUAUUUUAACUUGUUUCUCUGAGACUGUGUAUUUGGAACAAGAGGAGGCUCACCAUUUUGAGAAUAGAUGGGUUACAUUUCUUACAAGUACAGGGAAUCGUCAUGCAUUACCAUUAUUUGCUUCUCUGUUAAACGUUGUAUGUGCAUAUGAUCCAGUUGGUCUAGGUGUACCGUACAAUCACCUUAUGUUUUCUGAUUCACGUGAACCUUUAGUUGAAGUAGCUUUACAGAUCCUGUGUAUAACUUUAGAACCUGAUCAUAUGAUAUCAAGUCCUACGUAUUCAAACGCAUCAUUUCGGGACUUAAACUGUUCCAAUAACCAUCCUUGUUCAGAUGUUGAUGAACAGUUAAGCUUAAAUGGUACUGGGAUGACUAGCCAAACUGGUGGAAAUGAGGAUGCAUGGAAUAACGAGAUGAAUCUGUUUGUAAAUUACAUGUCUCGUAUACACAGAGAUGAGGAUUUUGCAUUUAUACUCUCUGGAAUAACUCGUUUAUUGAAUAAUCCAUUAGUACAAACAUAUCUGCCUGGAUCCAGUAAAAAAGUUCAAAUACAUCAAGAACUUUUGGUACUUUUUUGGCGAAUAUGUGAAUGUAAUAAGAAAUUUAUGUAUUAUGUGUUAAAAUCAAGUCAAGUAUUAGAUUUACUUGUACCUAUACUUUACCAUCUCAAUAAUUCUCGUAAUGAUCAAUCUCGUAUGGGAUUAAUACAUGUCGGUGUAUUCAUUCUAUUAUUACUCAGUGGUGAACGAAAUUUCGGUGUACGUUUAAAUAAACCCUAUCGUCAUCGUGCCUUAUUAAAUGUUCCAGUUUUCACAGGGACACAUGCUGAUCUAUUAGUCAUAGUUUCUCACAGAUUAAUUACAAGUGGACAUCAUCGUCUAAAUCCUUUAUUUGAUUGUUUGCUAACAAUCAUCGCUAACGUUUCUCCUUAUUUAAAAAGUUUAUCAAUGGUAUCAUCAAAUAAACUAUUACAUUUAUUGGAUGCAUUCAGUCAACCAUGGUUUCUGUACAGUAAUCCAUCAAAUCAUCGAUCGGUCUUCCUAUUAUUAGAAGUAUUCAACAAUAUUAUUCAAUAUCAGUUUGAUGGUAAUAGCAACUUAGUAUACACUUUAAUUAGGAAACGUCAAAUUUUCUAUCGACUAGCUGAUUUACCCACUGAUCAAUCUACUAUUGAUAAUAUCAUUAAUAAACAAAUGAAAUCUCGAAGUGGUGGUCAUAUUACAGUAGAUUCUACUAAUACUACUACCACUACUACUGCUCCUUCUUGUGUUUUAUCCCGAACAUCCAGCAGCAGUGAUGAGAUUAAGGAGUUUCCUGAUGGCUCUGCUGUUUGUAAACCUGUAGCAAUAUCGAAAACUUCGAAAUUGUCGUCUUCUUUCACACAUUCACCAGUUGAAUCAUCAGUUCAUCAUGGUGAUGAUAUGGAUAAUUCAAACCCAAUCAAGUCCACGAAUCAAGUAUCUUCUCAGCUGAAUGAACUCAACAUUAAUAAACCUAAUAAUUCAAUCCAAACCAGUCUGGCAGAUGUUCCGCCAUUACACAAAAUGACAGAUAAGCGUUUAGGCAAUGCUACUCAAAUAGAUGAACGUUUCUCAAAUUCAUUAAAUUAUCGUGCAGCAAUUGAAAAUAAUUUAAUUUCGCAUUCGUCGCCCAGUCAACGUGUUCCAGUUGAUAGUAGUAAUAAUAAUGAUAGUAAUAACAAAGAGUCAGAUACAGAUUUAACAAUACAUGGCGUUGGAGAAUACCCAAUGAACAGAUCUGGAAUAUCGAAGAGUUCUCUGACGAGUACAAAUCAAUCGAACGAAGCACAUGACAGCUCUUUAACUUUUGAUACACAAUCUUAUCAUUCUAUUGGGACAAUAACGUGUAAGGAGUCAUACGCCAUUUCAAGUUGUAAAAGCGAUUCAGUUAAUAAUGAUAAUGAUAAAUUACAAAACUUGGAUGGAGUAAUUUCACCGACUUGGCAGCCAACAGCAGAAUGGGUUCGUAGUUGGAAGUCCAAAAUGCCUUUUCAGACAAUUAUGCGUUUAUUACAGGUGUUAGUGCCCCAAGUUGAAAAAAUCUGUAUUGAUAAGGGUUUAACAGAUGAAACCGAAAUUGUUCGUUUCCUUCAAAAUGGUACUCUAGUCGGUCUAUUACCUGUACCACAUCCAAUACUCAUCCGUAAAUAUCAAUCUAAUGCUGGUACAACUAUAUGGUUUCGUAAUUAUAUAUGGGGAAUAAUAUAUUUAAGGAAUACCUCUCCUCCUAUCUGGUAUGAUACCAAUGUCCGUCUAUUCGAAGUCCAACGAAUUUGAUUCUGUGUGCAUAUGACUAACUAACUAUCAAAUCAAAAAUAAGUAUUCAUUUAAGAGAAUUUUCUUUUCGCUAAUUAACAGUCUGUGUUUCUCUUUUUUCAUUUUAUUGUUUUGUUGACGUAUGAUUAUGUGUUCAGAAGAAAUCAGUUUAGCAGUUAUAGACUGUUGUACCAAUGUCUUUGUGUGUACUUUUUAAAUGGUUGCUGUUAAAUGUUCCACAAAAGUAUUCCCUCCUUUUUUGCGAUUGAUCCAGUCUGAUUCUAUUCUUACUACUGAUAUACUAUAUUAGUAAUAUAUGUACAUCCAUGCAUACUUUUAAAUGGACGAUUUAUUAUUGCUGUUGUUGUUCAUUUCUUUCACUCCAUUUCCGAAACUUUCGGUAUUUCGUUUGUUGCGUACUGACUUGUCGAUUUUUGAGCCUAAUCUUUAUUUCGUCUAUUUCCUUGUUUUCUGUCUUUUACGCUUAUUAUGCGAUAUAUAUAUAUAUAUAUAUAUAU